GAGGAUGGGCGCUGAGGUGGUUUAUCAGUGUAACUCUGGAUAUCAUAAUGUUGGAAAGGGAAAUAUCUCCAUCUGCACUGCAGCUGGUAUAUGGGAGAGACCCUCUGUGCUUUGCCAAGGUACAGUCACUGUCUCAUCAGGUCUACAGAUCAGAUUUACAGACUUUCAUCUUUUUUAGCACUAAUUAUAACAAUGUACGCAGAUGUAGUGUCUCCUUGUUUGUCAUUUUAUGUCAACUGAAGUGAAAUAUUCUGAACCCUGGUGUUUCUCUUACAUUUUGAUGGUGAAUGUUAUCCUUUGUAGAGAUCUCGUGUGGAAGUCCUCCUUUAAUUGAAUCCACUGAGCAGGUGUGGAACAGUAACUCCACUCCUGGCAGCACUGUGCUGUAUUUCUGUAUAGAUGGUUUUUAUUACAACGGAGGACAUAAUGCGUCCAUCUGUGAUGAAAACGGUCAGUGGACACCACCAACUCUGUCAUGCCAAGGUAAUUCAAACAAUAAAACAAUAAAAUUGUUUUCUUUUCAAAUGUGAAAAGAUAGGAAACUAUUUUGGUGUUUUCUGACAGUGUUGCUAUUUUUUAAGAAAAUUAUUUAAUUUACUUGAUUUAAUUUUAUGUGACCCACAGACUUUUCAGACAUUUUAACCUGUUUUUGCAGAAAAGCACGGACAAAACAGGAUGGUUCAUUUUUAUAGAAUGUCCUAUUAAUGUUCAGUUCACUGAAUCUAGCUCACCUGAAUGCAGUGCAGUAUUUUUUGAAGUUGUCAUGAACACCCAUACACGAUAUGUAAAGAUGGAUAUUGUUAAAAUAACGUCACUCAGUGAUUUGCAUUGAAGAAGAACUGAAAAGUUGAGGAUGGCUUUAUGGACUUUCCAAAUAGACAAAGAAGUGUUGAGCAGAUGGUGUCACCAUAGACUGUAUUUAAAAGAUGAAUACAGCCACCAUGAUAUCACCCACUGGUUUGUGAAUCAUUAUUUUGAACCUUCAAUUUGAUAUUUGGCUGCCACCAUUUUUGUUUUUUUUGAAAGUACAUGUAAUGACUCCAUACAGCAAUACAGCAAUAACUAGUUAUUCACAAGGUAGCUCCACCCUAAAACAUGCAAAACGUGUAUUUUACUUUAAAUGGAACCAUAAUUCACAAAAUGAGCAUCAUAGUGUAUCGAAGGAGACUUGGCAGAAUUAGGAAUCAGAUCAGAAAGUCAUUAGCAAUAUAUUUACUCAUGGACUUGAAUACAAUUUGAAUUUAUUUAUUUGAUAGGGACGAUGCAGUUUAACAUAGUUCCAUCACUAAGCAUGAAUCUGAUGUGCUGCACAGAGAGUUUAUAGCAAAUGCUAAUUUCCAACUCUAAUCAGAGUUCUAUUAGCAACCAGAGGAGUCACUCUCUGCUGGCUGAAAUGUAUUAAUUUAUUGUUUAUCGUUUCCUGUCCCAGAGAUACUAUGUGGAGACCCUCCUAUUCUGCCCCACACUGGCCAAGUGUGGAAUGGCAGCUCCACCCCUGGAAGCACAUUGACUUAUUACUGUAAAACAGGAUUUUAUCACAAUGAGCGAAACAAUAUGUCAGUGUGCACAGUUAAUGGUUACUGGACAAAGGCAGACAUCUCAUGCAAAGAAGUGGACUGUGGUGAGCCUCUCCCCAUCCCUCAUUCAGUGAUGCUGUGGGAUAAAUUCUCCACUGUGGGCUCUCAGGUUGUUUAUCAGUGUAACCCUGGAUAUGUCAAUGUUGGAGGGGGGAAUGUGUCAGUUUGUACUGCCAGUGGAGAAUGGCAGGAAGCCUCUCUCCGCUGUCAAGAAAUCAAUUGUGGGGAGCCUGUUUUUAAAGCCCAUGCUAAAAUGUUAUGGGAUGGCAUGUCACACAUUGCUAGUGUGGUGUUUUACCAAUGUGAGGAAGGAUAUCGCACCAGGAGCCUGAGAAACUACUCAGUAUGUGGAGAGAGUGGACUGUGGGAGGAUAUUGAUCUGUGGUGUGAAGAAAUAAGCUGUGGUCCCCCACUAACCCUCCCACACACUAACCUGCUGUGGGACCGCUCCAGCACCCCUGGCAGUGUUGUGAUAUAUGAAUGCAUGGAUGGAUUUUACCAGGAGAGUGGAAAUAAUAUUUCAUCAUGUUCACUCUCAGGAGAGUGGGGGAAAGUGUCUGUGAAGUGCAAAGCUAAAUGUGGCCCAGUUCCCUUUAUUGCCAACUCAGAGGUGGUGUGGCAAAACAGAAGCGUGGUGGUCCACCGCUGUGUGGUGGGAUACCACAGCUGGAGGGGCAACAAUGUGUCUGUGUGUGGGAGCUCUGGAGCCUGGCAGAAAGCUACUCUGACAUGCAUAGAAACCAAGCCUCCAAUCAAUCACCUAUUUAUGUUUAAUGAAAACUGUCUGCAUUGGAAAGCAGAGAAGUAUGAGGAGGAUACAGAAGUUUAUAAGGUGACUUACACUGGCUCCAGAGACUACCAGAAAUCCUUUCAUGACAAAAGGAAACACUUUUUGAGCUCCAAGGCUGACCAGCUGGAACUCUGCCUCAACCUGCUUCCAGUCACAAACUACAGCAUCUCCAUCACUGCGACAUUGGCCAGAUUCACAGCCAGCAUCACCACCAACACCAGUUUACCAGUACCUCUAGCACCAGUCAUCUACUACAGAGAAUAUGAGACUCCUUUGCCAACUCUGAGGCUACGUAGAUCACCCAGCACAUUGGAUCCAAUAAGUUUGUACCAGGUGUUCGUGCUUCCUGUGGAGGAGAUUAUGAUGUUUGACUGCUCCUCUCCCGUGAGCUUAGACAGCUCAAGUAAGAUGAAGUCACCGGCAAAGUACAUCACUGCUCAGUUUGACGUCCAACAUGUUGGGACAGACAUGAACUUUACUGUAGGGGAUGGGUUCCUCUAUGGAGGCAUCUAUAACACACCACUGCAGGGUGGCAACAACUAUUAUAUCAUCCUACGAACUGUCAGUCAGUGGAGGACGGCCUUGGAAAGUAACUGUGUCCUGUGGGCUAAAGUAAGAGGUACAUCGUAUGUUCUGAAGGUUUCAUCGCUUGCUGCUACUGCAUUAGUGGGACUACUUGCUGUGGUUCUUCUGGGGAUGUACAGUUUCACUUGGUACUAUACGUAUUUCAUCAUCUGUCCUGUUAAUGUCAUGUAACUGUGAAACAACAUUAAGCUAUGACUAUAUUGAUUCAUGGUCUAAUGCAGGGGUGUCAAACAUUAGCUUGUAUAUUUCAAAAAUAAGUGUUGUACUUGAGAGUACCCCAUGUAUUCGCAGAUUUUUGUGACAAAAACGGCAGUAAUCAUUCACCGCGACGCUUUCUCGGCUGCAUGCCAUUGUUGUUUGGACUACAUGGACGACAAGGUCAAUUUGUUUGUGCAUCACAUCCGUGUUACGCUGAUUGGUUCUUUCUCGUUCAAGCUGCAUUCGUUAGCCCCUCCUUUUUGAAAUCGUCUCGUAUCAUCGCAAUGCCAGACUGCCUUUAUUUGUAUUUAUAUUAAUACAUAAAUAAAGUCAGUCUGGAUUUUCCAGGCAAGUCAAACAUACGACCUGCGGGCCAAAACUGGCCCACCAGAAGAUCCAAUCUGGCCCGCAGGAUGACUUUGCAAAGCAUAAAAUUUGCACAGAAACAUCAACUACAAUUUUUCCAUAAGCAUAACUGUUAAUUAUUUUAAAUUUGUCCUUUCCCUUUGCAGAUACUCUGUGAUCUGUAAGUUGUAAUGUGUAAAUGAAAAACUGAGGCAUAAUAUUGUUGAAACUGCACUUUUUUUCUUAAGAAAUUUCAGGUUGUUCAUUAAUGUCUUGUAAGAAGAUGGGUAAACAUUUUCACAAUGUACUAUUUUGCACAGAAACCAAGGAAAAAAUUUGGAGUUGUCGUUAUUUAUAGGUCAUUAUGCUGAGAUUUUACUGGUGUGGCCCACUAAAGAUCCUACUGAGCUGUAUGUGGCCCUGGAACUAAAAUGAGCUUGAGACCUUUGGUCGAAUGUCAUUCUAGAGCUUCCAGACUCUCAGAUGUACAUGCACAACCAGUGGAUAGUUCUGUUUUUUAGCUGUUAAAAAACUUAACACUACCACCAACAACAAUAAUGAUAUAUAGUAUUGUAUACAUACAGGACCAUCAUAUGUUUCACCAGUGAGUGACGUUUUGCACAGGCUAAGGUAAAGCACUACUCAGGAUUAGAUGUAAUUUAAUCAUGUUUUCCUUCUCUCUUCUUUUCCAGGUGUUGGAAAAAAAAACAAGACACUCCUGAGUACUGAUGUUCUGUAACUACAGGCCUUACUUCCUAUCUGUACAUUUUGUAAAUAAUUAUAUAAUUAUUAUGAAAUAUAAUAAUUAUAAUAAAACACUUUCAAUAACA